AUGGGAUUUUUGAGUGGUGUGCUUGAGGCGGUGAAAAACACUCAGACAUACAAUGUCGGUAAAAAUACAUUACAAAACUUGGUAAGUAAUGAAAUUAACAAUCAUCUUUGCUCAGGGCACGAGGGCUUUAAAAGGCUUUUCGAAAAGUUGCCCAAGGAAAUCGAGAAGUAUAACAGGGACGUGAAAAAACAGAAUGAUGAUAUCACAGCCAAGAUAAACAAUUUAGAGAUGCAGUUAAAUACCAUGAAUGAUAAGGUAAGUAAAGUUUUAGAAAAUGAUGCUGUUUCAGGUACAACCAAGAAAUCCGUGCAGGCUGUGACGUACAGUGAGGAGCACCUGGAAACCCCUGUGAUACAUAUUCAGGCAGAACCUUCGUGA